AUGGCAGUUCGAGAUCCUCAAUCUGGAAACACUUUUGUAUGGCUCGUCUCUUUCGCUUUGUUUCUUUGUAUAGCCGCCGGGGGCGGCUUCCUCGUAAUGUACAUGAUCCUCCCUGAAUCCAAUUCCACAUCAUGGCUGGCCAUUGCAGGUGUCACCCUCGUUUGUCUCCCUUGGCUAUUCUGGUUUGUAACUUGCAUGUAUCGAAUCUUUUCGCGGGUUUUCGGAUUCAGGAUGGUCGUUGGAUUUGGUUGUGAUGGUGGCGGUGGUGGGGGCGGUAGCAGAGGCGGAGAGAAUCGUAAUCUUUCAAAUUCUUAUAGCACAGGAUCAAAAGGGAACAAUAACGAUUCUCCAACAGCGCCGACAGAAGCUCCCUCCGUCGAGGUUGAAUACGAAGGCGAUGGCACUGAAAAUCAUAACGGCGAAGGAAGGAGAGAUAAUAAAGUGGAAAAUAAACAAACUCCUUCAUCUUCAAACAAUUCAAUCGCCUCUCGGGAGAGUGAAAUCCCAUUGACCUCGUCCCUUCCGUCAUAA